AUGUCCCCUUAUCGCAUUGUGUUUGGGAAAGCUUGUCACCUUCCUGUUCAGUUGGAGCACAAAGCCUAUUGGGCUGUCAAGAGCUUUAAUAUGAACAUUGAUGAAAGUGGUCUACACCAAAAACUGCAACUUUCUGAGUUUGAGGAGAUUCGCAAUGAGGCCUACGAGAAUUCAAGAAUCUACAAAGAAAAGACAAAAGCAUUCCAUGACAAAAUGCUUUUGAGAAAGGAAUUUUCAAUUGGAAAAAAAGUCCUACUCUUCCAAUCACGUCUUCGGCUAUUCCCAGAGAUUCAAAGUUUACAGACUUCAAAGAUAUUCAAGGUUAAUGGACAUCAACUUAAACCUUACCAUGAAGGGGCUCAAGUUGAAUAUAUUGUUGACAUACUUCUUGAAGAUCCCAGCUAUUUUGAAUAA